AUGUUGCUUUCGCGCAUUGCCUUGCUGUUAUCUUCAGCGACCGUGCUGGUUGCCCAGACCGUUGACUGGAGGGCGGCUAAGUGUGAGGGUGUUGUUGUCGAUGCGAAAGCUUUGCCUAACCGACGAUGGGAGGCGGCUAACGCUACGGCGGCUCUCCACGAGAUGAUCGCCGCGUGGAAGGAGUAUGACUCGAAGCCGAACGAGGUCAAAUUCGAGUUCAGCGAGUUCGCUUCAUGGUUCCUUGGCGGACCUGAGUUAUGGCGAUGCACGAAGCUGCUUGAUGUGCCCUGCUCGACAUCAUUAACCUGCCAGGAUACUAAGUUUCCAGCUGGACAUCUCAUCUUGAACUCAUUUUCCAAGCUCCAUCAAUUUCAUCGCCGAUACUUCGAGGCCCUCGACCAGGCACAAAUGGAAAUCCAAUCUGAAAUGGACCUCUUUGCCGAAAAGUUCUCAGUACCACUGCCGGAUGACGGUUCAUCGGAAAAGUUCCAAAGAAUCAUGCUCAACGUCAUCUAUGGAAUGGUCGGCAUUGCACAAGCCUAUACCAACAAUAUCUUCGUGUACUCUUCCAUGUUUCAGGGCUUUUUCGGUUUGACACAAACUAUGCGAUCCCAAAUUACUACAACUAGUAGUUAUAGUAUCUUUACCAGUUGGGCAAUUGGAAAGGAUUUUAUCCUCCCAGGAGAUAAACCUAAACCGGCUUAUGGAAGGUUGUCUGCUGUAAUGGGUGGCAUAUUCGACAGUUGGAAGGCGUCUGAGGUGGAGUAUCUCAGGAGAAUUUUCACCCCUAGAGACAACGACACGGUCAACUACUUGGUGGCGGCAUUGGACAACGGCCUAAUGUCGGCGACUCCAGAUGACCUCGACUUCAAGGAAAUGUCCAAGGUGAUCAAGAAGCUCUUUUAUCCCAACCUCAUGCUGACUGCCUGGCAAACGGUGCCUUCGGCACGGAGACCCUUUAUCUUGAAAACAAACUUGCCUUGCAAGAUGAGAAAGAAGGAAAGAAGCAGCGUGCUUUGGCCGAUGUUGCCGGCUGACUCGCACGAGAGAGCGGCGACUUGCUACAAUGGAAGCCUUUUCUAUCUGCUUGACAUUAGAAAUGAAGGUGUCUCAGUGAGCUUUAGUAAUCCUUCUAUCGGGGUCAGCGAGAAUAAUCCCUUUACGGCACUUUUCGGUACAGAAACCAUGGACGGCAAGGCAUGGGGUGGUGUUACCAAAGAAGACAUCGUCGCCGCCGUCUACGGAGGCUGGUUGGCAGGCGGCCGCCAAAACAACAACUUCGACCUCAACUACACUAAUAUUCAGCCAGAAGAGGGCUCCGAGUUGUGGUUUGGCAACGGUGUCCGGAUGCCAGGCUACGUCAAAAUGCCUCUUUGCAUGAAUACUUACACCAUCUAUGGGAAUCUAGCGGUUGGUAAACCUGAUGACGACCCUUCGUGGCCUUGUGCUAGCCUGCCCGUUCUCAGGCCCUCUUAG